CUCCGAUGACGUCAGCGCGGCGCAGUAGCGACCGUGACGAGCGGGCCGGGCCGGGCCAGGACAGCGGGAGGCGGGCGGCGCGGGCCUGGCCCCGGGAUGGCGAUGUUCCGCAGCCUGGUGGCCUCGGCUCAGCAGCGGCAGCCACCGGCCGGGCCGGCGGGCGGCGACAGCGGCCUGGAGGCGCAGUACACCUGCCCCAUCUGCCUGGAGGUCUAUCACCGGCCCGUGGCCAUCGGCAGCUGCGGCCACACGUUCUGCGGGGAGUGCCUCCAGCCCUGCCUGCAGGUGCCAUCCCCACUGUGCCCACUCUGCCGCCUGCCCUUCGACCCCAAGAAGGUGGACAAGGCCACCCACGUGGAGAAGCAGCUCUCAUCCUACAAAGCGCCCUGUCGAGGCUGCAACAAAAAGGUGACCCUGGCAAAGAUGAGAGUCCACAUUUCGUCCUGCCUAAAGGUCCAGGAGCAGAUGGCCAACUGCCCCAAGUUCGUCCCCGUGGUGCCCACAUCCCAGCCUAUCCCCAGCAACAUCCCCAACAGGUCCACCUUCGCCUGCCCGUACUGCGGCGCCCGCAACCUGGACCAGCAGGAGCUGGUGAAGCACUGUGUGGAAAGCCACCGCAGCGACCCCAACCGCGUGGUGUGCCCCAUCUGCUCAGCAAUGCCCUGGGGGGACCCCAGCUACAAGAGUGCCAACUUCCUGCAGCACCUGCUUCACCGACACAAGUUCUCCUAUGACACGUUUGUGGACUACAGCAUUGAUGAGGAGGCCGCCUUCCAGGCCGCCCUGGCCCUGUCUCUCUCAGAGAACUGAAGGGAAGUGCAGCCACCCGCCCGCAUCUGGGGUCAGGGAUGUCCCCGCUUGAGGGACAGGCCUGGGCUCCGUGUCGCACCUGGCACCUGCUCGGGAGCACGCCCCACCGGACCAGGAAGAGCCUGCACCUGCGCAGGAGGGGAGCCGGGGCCAAGCCUCCGGGCCUGAAGAUGGACCAGCCGCUGAGGCCGCCAGAGCAGGACCGCCUGGUCCCACCGGCGUCGCUGGGUUCUUCGGUGCUUCUGGCCGAGCAGGCGGCCUCCUUGGGCAGGGCUGGCCACUGGGACCUAGAGCCGCCGCUGUCUCUUCAAAGCCAUGAUGCCCUCUCGUGGGAAGAAGGGACCGGCGGCGCGAGCCAUGCUCCACAGUCGAGCUGGGAGGAACCCAGGCUGCCGCCCUGCCCAGCCCGACCCCGCUUCCACCUUGCGCAUUUGGUACUGGCUUUUGUGAUACUUAGGAAUCCUGGCAUCUUUUCUAUAUGAUCCAGUGUGAUAAUCUUUUCACGUUUUAUAGAGCAAAGACAGAGCAGUUACUCUUCAUAUUGCAAUAUGUGUGUUUGACUAGGAAUAAUAGUAUUUUUAUGGAACAUUUACAAAAUUAUAUUUUUAAAAAAAACAAUCAAAACAAGCAUUGGGGGAUUGAGGGAAGGAGCAGUGGGGCAGCUGCCGGAGCUCAGGCGAGCCGUGGCAUCUGCCCUGCGCCACUCACUGUGUGUCUGGGUCCUUGAGGUUUGUGCGUUUCUCUUUGAUGACUAGGAAGAAAUCCCAGCACCCCGGCCACAGGCUGUGGCCGCUCCCAGCAGAGGCAGGGCCGGCAGAGCAGGGGCCUCCUCCACCCAGAGUCCUGGCCUUGGCCCCCUGUCACCUUCAAAGCUGACUGUGCCCGCUGCGGGAGGGGACGGCACCCAGCGGUGGCAGAGCUUGGCCUGGGCAGGGACCCGCUUGGCGGGCUGAGCAACGCGUCAACACUCUUUUCUGUUCUUGGCAUUAAUUAUUGCUGUCUUUUUUUUAAAAAAAAGUUUAAAUAAAACAUCUCAGAGCAUCUC